AUGCAACAUCUUCCCCCGAGCCCACCACCGUCGCCUCCAUCUACACGGCAGAGAAAAAAGAAGAAGCCCGAUCCUUUUGAACAACUCGCAACUACACCAAUACCCUCGCUGCCCUCUUCUCCAGCAAAUGAGCUUAACGACGACCAAGAACCCCUUCUGAAACGAAUUAUACUCACGCCCGUCUUGUUCACAUCCUUCCUCCUCUCUCUCUUCCUCGUCAACUACCGCAAUCGCGCCCGCCGAACAGAAGCACACUCACUCAGCUUCUCCCUCCUCGCGUACCUCGCUCCAUCCAGCUGGCUCGAUCCAGAGCCCUACCAAGAUCCUGAUGAUUCGAAAUGGGGUAGAAGGGGGACCACUGGACAUGUUGAGCCCCAUGACGCUAUAGGUCCCCGGUCAGACGAACAAGACGAUGAGAAACCGAAGAAACAGAAGAAGAGAAAGUCGUGGCAUCUGCAUAGAAAGAUCAGGAAAGUGGCCAAGCUGGAGAUAGGCGAUGCGCUCGAGAUGCGAGGCCGCAUGAUUGUUGUCAUGCUUGUAGUAUUGGGAUUGGCUUGUGCAAUACUGUGGAUGGGUGUUAGGUGGGUUAUCGUCUUAGCAUCACAGCGGAUGUAUGGUGUAAAAGCCUGA